GAGAGAGAGACACACAGACAGAAGCGAGCAGUCUCACCUCCUUUCAUACUUCAGAUCAGACCUCUCCAUCAUGGAUUCGUUUCUGGCUCGCUCUCUCUUCUCCGCCGGAUAAACCUUUGGACUUACUUACGUAUCAUGGGAAUAUACCGUGGGUGCGCUCGGACCCGUGGAUUUAUACAGCCUUGAUGGAAAUCAUGUCACCGCAGCAGGGGACCAUGGGACAGAACAGGUCCGACUCUCUGACGGGAGAGAGCAAGGCGCUUCCCGACAGCAAAAAGAAGAUGAAGACCCUGGCGCAGAGACGACAGUCAGCUCCUUCACUCGUCAUCAGCAAAGCACUCACCAGAUCAAGAAGCACGUCCAGGGAAAGCUGCUUGACGCCAGUAAGCCCAGAGACUUGUCCUCUAGUCCAGGCCUUCCUGGCUGAGUGUCCAGGCCGUCUGUUCCUGGGUCACGCCCAAACACAGCUAAAGACCGGCUUGCAGAUCCAGGAGAGACACCUUUUCCUCUUCACAGACACCCUGCUCGUCACCAAGGCCAAGUCUCCUACUCAUUUCAAGGUGAAGGCUCAGGUCCGGGUUUGCGAGAUGUGGACGGCUAACUGCAUGGAGGAAGUGUGCGAAGGAAGCACGAACCCCGAGAGGAGCUUCGUGAUGGGCUGGCCCACCUGUAACUGUGUAGCCACCUUCAGCUCUGAAGAGACUAAGGACAAGUGGCUGGCGCUCGUCAACAGUCGGAUAAGUGAGGGAAAAGAGAAGGACGACCCAAAGACCAUUCCUCUGAAAAUCUUCGCAAAGGAUAUUGGAAACUGUGCAUACGCCAAGACGCUUGCGGUCAGCAACACAGACAGCACCACUGAAGUCAUCCGCAUGGCUCUGCUGCAGUUCGGCAUAUCAGGUUGCGUUAAAGACCACCGGCUGUGGGUGAGCUCCAUUAAGGAUGACCCUCCAUAUCCACUUAUCGGCCACGAGUUUCCCUUCAGCAUCAAGAUGAGCCACAUUCGAGACGGUGGGAGCAAUUGUGGAGGACUUGGAGGAGGAGUAGGGAAGGAUGUGCUGAGUCCCACAGACUGCCCAGGGGUUCUUCUGUUAGACCAGUGUCUCCCUCCAGACACGCAGUGCCAAUUUAUACUGAAACCCAACAAGGCUGUCCUUGGGCAGACUCAACUUUUAGAGCCUGGUCAGCAGAAGCCUUUUAAGAGAAAGAGAUCUCUGAUCAAUUGGCCUUUCUGGAGAGGUUCGAGCACACAGCUGGACGGCGUGCCCCUGUCCCCAACCUUGCUCUCCGCCGCUCACGGUCGGCUGUUCGGACAGCCCUUGAGCUCCAUCUGCUCUCCAGAAAACGGCCUGCCUAAACCUGUCAUGGACAUGCUGGCAUUUCUGUACCUGGAGGGGCCAUACACCAGAGGCAUCUUCAGGCGUUCAGCUGGAGCAAAAGCCUGCCGGGAGCUCCGAGACAGGCUGGACAGUGGGAGCGAGGACGCGGAGAUCACACACCAGUCUGUGUUCGUCAUCGCUGCUGUCCUCAAGGACUUCCUGCGAAAUAUCCCAGGCAGCAUGCUGUGCGUGGACCUGUAUGACCAGUGGAUGGAAGCGAUGGAAGGAGGAGAGGAGAGGAUACCAGCUGUCCAGAGGCUCCUACACCUCCUUCCCAGUGAGAAUCUGCUUCUGCUGCGACACGUGAUCGCGGUACUCCACUGCAUACAGGGCAGUGCCGACGACAACCAGAUGAACGCCUUCAACCUGUCUGUCUGCAUUGCUCCCAGCAUGCUCUGGUCUCCGGCGCCAAGCACCCCUGAGAUGGAAGGGGAGGCCACUAAAAAGGUUUGUGAGCUUGUUCGCUUCCUAAUAGAGAACUGCAGCACCCUCCUGGGGGACGUCACAUCACUCUUCAGAACCUUCAGCCAGAAGAGCAGCAGCAGCGACCAUGGAUCUGAUGUGUCGUCCUUCCAGAUGAACGACUCGUCUUACGACAGUCUGGAGAACGAGCUGAACGAUGAUCCCGAGUCCCCCUUCCAGGAACAGCUUCCGCUUCGCGACAAAGACAAGCCGGACAGCUGCAGCCGUGACUCUGUCAUCACGCUCAGUGAUGGCGACCCCGAACCUGACCCCGAUUCUAACCUUUUGCUGCAGCUCCCGCCUCUGGCCAGACCCAGUAGGUUCAGUCCCGUGGUUCGACAGCCUCGCGUACGCCACGCCAACGGCUCGUCGCAGGGUCCUAGGAGACUGAGGAGGAGCUCAGAACCGGCCUUAGCCCUGGCUAGCAUGCCGACUUCAAGCAUGGUGUUAGCUCAUGCUGAUAACCGCCACCCGUCAGUGAGGAAGGCGAGCUACGAUGCUGCCAUGGAGGGGGAAGCGGAUGUGGAUGAGGUUUUUCUUGAACAGGGGCUGAACGGGCUGCAGCUGAAAGAGGAGGGAGAGGAUGGCUGUGAGAAGAGAGGAGUCAAAAUCCAGAACAGCGGGCGGAGGAAGACGAAGCAUGCCCCUCCACCACCACUGCGACUGGAUGCCAGUUGUUCCAGUCUGUCUUCACCGGCAACCUCACCAACCGGCUCCUCCCUCAGCUCCUUAGACUCUGCCUUCUCACAGUACUCCACUGACUACGCCACAAAUGUGCCACUUCCGUUAAAUGAAUCCCUUCCUCUCUCCCCCCUUUUUCCUGGACGCCCACAGCAGUCCUCAAGGAGCUCUCCCCCUCAGAGAGAAGCGCUGGCUCAUUGGCCACAAGCCACCCAACCCCCUCGAACCUGCCAAAGUGCUUCUCACUCUCAUGGCCUCCACCCUAACACGUGGCUUAAAAAGGACCGGUGCCUGACGCUAAGGCAGCCCGAUAGUGGACACACUGAGGAGGACCUGCCCGUGGUUAACGGGAAAUCCUUCUCAACCACUAACUGCUUCUCUGUCAGUGCCCAGGAGGCCAUGGUGACAAAUCAAAACUGCAGACAUAGAUCAAGCAGCCCUCCAUCUUACCAGCAGGCUCUGCUGCAGCUGCAGCGCAGCCACUCUCCUUUUUACAGUGCGACAGAGAAGCCUCUGACAGUCAAAGAUCUGAGACAGCUCCAUGACCAGACCUCACCUAACAAACUCAAACCAAACCCAGGAGCUGAGAUCGCACAGAGGCUGGAUGAAGGUGGCUGCGUGCAGCCCCCAAAAGGUGUUUUCUUUGGACAGAGUGCCACCACUCUGGUGCUCCAAAGACAAAAGUCCCACUCUCUAACUCCUGCCAUGGACAUCCACAGAGGGAGGAAGACCCUUCCUCGCCGAGCAUCUGAUCCUGCUAAGGUCAAUGUGAACUCUAACCGCGGCCCCAGCCUUACCUUAGACAGACUUCCUGCUUCUAAAGCCCGGCCCCAAGACGGCAGAGCGUCAGAUAACCACGCCAAGCCGCGCCUCUGCUUGUCGCCCUCUGCCACCAGGGCUGUAAGGGACUACUUUUCCUCACAAGGUCAGGAGGAUGUGGACGCCUGCCUGCAGAGGAGUCAUGAGGUCGCGCUAGCAAUUGUGCAGGGUAAGAAGGAGUGGCAGAACAGGCGGUGCAGUGACCCGCGGCUGGAGGACUUUGAGCAACUUUUUUUUGCAGAAGAAUCGUAUGUGUAAAAAGGAACUUUGUAAAGACAAACUGUACAGGGGAGACUGACUUUCAUGUGAUAUUGUAACUUGUACACAACUGUCUUUUUAUUGUAAUUUUUUAUCAUAUACCCCUUUAACCUGUUGCUGACUACUGUAAUGGUACAUCAGCGGUUUAAGAUUUUUAUGAGGUACAGAUGCAGCGUCAGUGUAGCGGCUCGAACACCAAAAAUCUGGUUUCUCUGGACAAAAUGUUUCUCUCACCGCGUCCUUGUGCACCUUCCAGAUCUAUUGUUGUUUCUUUUUCAGCAUGUGAUGAAAGUAUGGAGAGCUUGUCAGCAGUAAGGAAAAAGAAACGACAAAGAAAUCCUUUUUUUCGUGUUCGGGAAGCUUUAGAAAGCAAGCAGAAAAUCCAUUGCAGCUGAUGGGAAAC